CAAAAAUAAACACGCACAAUUCCGUGACCAACAGAGCACUGCACGACCAACCAACCGCCCACCACAACGGAAGGUAGCCAAAGCAAGCAAGCAAGCAAGGAUCAUCAAUACGUCACUUGUAGUUGGAACACAUUGUCGAUCAAACGAGCAAGCCGCAACAGACGACGAAAGCAGAGCAGCAAGCAUGUCGAUGGACACUGCAACCGAUGCCGCACAGCCGGCGGUGGCACCACUUGACGUGCAAGGACGCUCCUUCAACAUCACCCCUCGCUAUCAGGAGGGCCAGCUCGUUGGCGAAGGUGCAUAUGGCAUGGUGAUCUCUGCACUUGACACGAAGACGGGUCAGCGCGUGGCGGUGAAGAAGGUGACGCCGCUCACACACCAGACGUUUUGCCAGCGCACGCUGCGCGAGAUCAUCCUCCUCUCGCGGCUCAAGCACGACAACAUCGUCAACCUGAUGAACGUGAUUGCCGGCGACGAGCAGCCGCUGUCCGAGGUGUACCUUGUCCUCAACCUCAUGGAGACAGACCUGCACAAGCUGCUCAAGAGCCUCAACCGCCGUGGCGAGUGCCUCAGCCCCUCCCACACGUGCUUCUUCCUCUACCAGAUGUUCCUUGGCAUCAAGUACAUCCACAGCGCCAACGUCAUUCACAGGGACUUGAAGCCGGGCAACAUGCUGAUCAACGUGUCCAACUGUGACCUGAGGAUAUGCGACUUUGGUCUCGCGCGUGUGUACGACCCAACGUUCACCCAGAAGGGCGAGCUCACCGAAUACGUUGCGACGCGGUGGUACCGUGCGCCCGAGGUGAUGGUACGGCAGCGCGCCUACAGCAAGGCCAUGGACAUCUGGUCGCUCGGGUGCAUCCUGGCCGAGAUGCUCAGCAACCGCGCCAUCUUCCCUGGAAAGAACUACCUCGACCAGAUCAACAAGAUCCUUGACAUCAUCGGCAGUCCGGACGACGAGUCGCUCCGGGAGAUCCCCAACGAGCGGUCACGCGGGUACCUCAUGGCCCUGCCCCAGCGCGACAGGAAGGAUUUCACAGAGCUGUAUCCGCAGCAGCCGCCACACGUGCUUGAUCUCCUGCAGAAGCUGCUUGAGUUCUCCCCCUCGCGUCGCCCCACGGCCGAAGCCGCGCUCGACCACCCAUACUUUGAGGACUACCACGACCCCGCAGACGAGGUGCUGGUCGCUGCUCGAGCAUUCUGCAGCUUAUGA